AUGCAGAACUCUGAAUCCAAAAGCCAAAAAAUCUCUCAUUGGCGUAUGAUACUUGAUCAAGCCGUCCUUUCACCUCGAGUCCUACAGCAUCAAUAUAGGGGAGCAGGCACAGAGGAUGAUCCCUAUAUUAUAGAAUGGGUCCCUGGAGAUACCCGCAAUCCAUUCAACUUCUCCAUGUCGAAGAAGGUAUUCAUCACCAUUGUGAUGGCACUCACCUCCCUCUCGGUUUCAUUCUCUUCUUCCGCCUAUCUCUCGCCUGCUGUCUUGAUAGCGCAAGAUCUUAGGACUACCGGAGAGGUCGUAAUACUUGGCCUAUUCACCUUCAACCUUGGCCAAGCUAUUGGCCCCAUCAUUUGGGGGCCAUUGAGUGAGCUCUACGGCCGGCAAGCAGUGUUUGUCGCUUCCUUCGCUGGAGUGACGAUCUUCAACGGCGGUUGUACCGCAUCACAGAGUAUCGCUGCGUUAGUGGUAUUGCGUUUCUUCACUGGCGUGUGCGCAUCGUCGCCGCUCACAAAUGCAGGUGGUAUUAUCUCCGACAUGUUCCCUCCGACGCAGCGCGGGCUCGCCAUGAGCGCCUUUGUUGUGUCACCAUACUUGGGUCCUGCCAUCGGGCCCAUCGUCUCGGGUUUCGUGGCCGAAAAGGGUGGUUGGAGAUGGGUUGAAGGUGUCAUGACUAUCUUUACUGGUAGCAUGUUUGUCUUGGGAAGCUCUUCCAUCCCAGAAACGUAUGCUCCUUUUCUCCUCCGCCGCCGCGCAGCACGGAUGAGCAAGGUCACUGGGCAUGUGUACCAAGACGUCAUUCAACAUGACAAAGCUUCCGUCUCAGCGAAGCAGCUGUUCGCGAAUGCACUGUCGAGACCAUGGAUCUUGUUCUUCACAGAGCCCAUCGUACUCUUGCUGUCCGUGUAUAUGGCCCUGAUAUAUGGCACACUUUACAGCUUUUUCGGUGCUUUCAUAAUUGUGUAUGAGGAGGUGCGAGGAUGGUCAUUGGGACUCGGAGGCUUGGCGUUCGUUGGAGUGGCAGUGGGUAUGAUUACCGGUGUGAUGUGCGCCAUUUGGGUGAACCUCCAGUACAGGCGUAUAUCUGCCGCAGGUCAAGCAACGCCGGAAACUCGUAUGGUCGCAGGAAUGAUAGGCAGCGUUCUCGUGCCUUUGUCGCUCUUCUGGUUCGCCUGGACCAACUUCCCUUCUGUCUCUGCCAUCGCCAGUAUCGCAGCGGGUUGGCCCUUUGGGACCGGCAUGGUUCUCGUCUAUCUUGCGAUCACCAACUAUCUGGUUGAUGCGUAUACCAUCUAUGCCGCCUCCGCUCUGGCAGCCAGCGCCGUGCUGCGAUGCAUCUUUGGCGCCGUUUUCCCACUCUUCACACCCGCUCAGUAUCAUAACCUCGGGAUCCAUUGGGCUGCCACCAUCCCAGCAUUUCUGGCGCUCGCAUGUAUGCCAUUUCCGUGGUUGCUCUACCGAUAUGGCAAGCUUAUCCGUGGCCGAUGUAAGUACUCGGCGGAAGCAGAGCGACUGAGGAAGUUGGUAGCAGAGAAGGUGGUUCUGCAAUCCGAACCGAAGGCGCCUCCAAAGGCGAAUGGACUGCCAUUGCUGCAAGAGAACCAGUAUGGAGACAAGUAG